GCACCCCUACCCCACCCGCGCUUUCCUCCGCCAGGCUGCAGACCUGGGUGGCUGAGGAGGGGCGUCUUUCCUCACUGUGACCCCAGGGGCAAAGGAGACACACUCCUGGCGGGGGGCUGGGUGAGUUGGAGUCAAGAAGAGGUUUGGCGCUCCUCGGGGACUUCCCUGUCCCAGGCCCUUCGGAGCGUCGGAGGAGAGGGCGUUAGAGCCGGAGGCGGAGGCGAGGGUGUGCUCGUGAGCGUGGCCGGUGCCUGUGUAGUGUGUGGCGCCCAGGUGUGUCCCCGCUUCUGGGUCUAUACGGGCACCCGUGUCUGUGUGCGCGCCACCCGAGAGAGCCGAGGAGGGCAGCCUCGAGUCUCUGCCGGUUCACACCUGGUGCGCGGGACCAGAGGCCCCAAGGCUCCUGUCCAAAUCUGCAUAGUAUGUACCGGGGGCUGAGGACCUGCGUAACCCGGGUUGGCAGUGGAGGGAACUGACAGCGAAGGACUGUGGCCCAGGGGAUGAAACCUCCUUCCACGCCCCACACCACGACGCUCCCUAAAUAAAGGUGCUUCUUUGGAAAAAACUGUACAAGUAAGGAAGAACCUCGUCUCAUCUUCCCGGAUGUCCGUUCAAGAAUAUUAGGAGCUACAAGACUUGGCGAUAACGUCCAGGAAAGGGUCGCAACAGGGUCUUUAAAACGCCAUUUCUGAUCAGCUUUUGUGUGCCUGACACAACAUCUGGGCAGAUGAAGAGGUCAAGACAACAGAUAAAGGAUGAACCAGCACCUGGCAAAUUUUUGAGACAGCUCAGCUCGCAGCUUAGAGGAAGGCUCAUCUAAAUAAAGGCUGGCUAAAGUGACACUGCAGGGGUUUAAUCCUUCUCUGGCUGCCCGUGUGACCAGAAGGCUGAUUUGCAGGUUUCUCCUUUCCUGAGAUCUAGAUUAUUAGGUCUCCAGAGCCCUGCGACUGACUCUCCAGCAAGAGAAUGUGAAAUGAAGGUGGUCAGAGAUAAGCGCCAGCAGCAGGGACCUGCAGGCCUCGGCGGGGCUUUUACACACCAGAGUGAGAGAGUCUCUGGCCUUCAAAGGAAAUAGCACGCUGGAGCUUUUGUCCUGGGACAGGCACCUACCACAGGACAUCAGACGCUACAGCCGCCCAAAAAUUUCCUGGAGCCGGAGGAGGGAAGUGACUAUAGUAACUGGAUAGGUGCCUGAUUGCACAGUUAGAGCUGGGAAGUUCCACCUGAAAGAAGGUAUGAAAUGUCUCGAGUGAGGCCGGCAGCUUUGGGCUUGGCUGCGUAGGCUCUGCUGGCCUAUUUUCCUCAGCCCUUCUCUGAGGGCCGCAGGCCAGCUCUCAUGGACACGGGUCUCUGGCAGUCCUUACCUCCCGUCACCCACCCACUGGGCCUCGUCCGCUCCUCACCAGCCUGCCCUUGAUUGGUGCCUCCUUGCUGAAAUGGAGACGUGAGCCUGCGGUGAGGAUGACUGCAGUGUAUGUGAAUGGAGGCGGUCUGGUGAGCCCCCACUAUGCCAGGUGGGAUCGCCGGGAUAGCGUGGAAAGUGGCUGUCAGACGGAGUCCAACAAGGAGGAGGAAGAGGGACAGGCUCGCCAGCUGACACCCUUUGAGAAGCUGACACAGGACAUGUCCCAAGAUGAGAAGGUGGUGAGAGAGAUCACGCUGGGGAAACGGAUCGGCUUCUACCGAAUCCGAGGGGAAAUCGGAAGUGGGAACUUCUCCCAAGUCAAGCUUGGGAUUCACUCCCUCACCAAAGAAAAGGUGGCCAUUAAGAUCUUGGACAAGACCAAGUUAGACCAGAAAACCCAACGGCUACUAUCCCGCGAAAUCUCCAGCAUGGAAAAACUGCACCACCCCAACAUCAUCCGCCUUUACGAAGUUGUGGAGACCCUCUCCAAGCUCCACCUGGUGAUGGAGUAUGCAGGGGGUGGGGAGCUCUUUGGGAAGAUUAGCACCGAGGGGAAGCUCUCAGAACCAGACAGCAAGCUCAUCUUCUCCCAGAUUGUGUCUGCCGUGAAGCACAUGCACGAAAACCAAAUUAUUCAUAGAGACCUGAAAGCAGAAAAUGUAUUCUAUACCAGUAAUACAUGUGUAAAGGUGGGUGAUUUUGGAUUCAGCACAGUAAGUAAAAAGGGUGAAAUGCUGAACACCUUCUGUGGGUCUCCUCCCUACGCUGCGCCCGAACUUUUCCGAGACGAGCACUAUGUCGGCGUUUAUGUGGAUAUCUGGGCCUUGGGGGUGCUUCUGUAUUUCAUGGUGACUGGCACCAUGCCAUUUCGGGCAGAGACCGUGGCCAAACUGAAGAAGAGCAUCCUCGAGGGCACAUACAAUGUGCCUCCGGACGUGUCCGAGCCUUGCCUCCAACUCAUCCGGGGAGUCCUUCAGCCCAUACCCACCGAGAGGUAUGGGAUCGACUCCAUCAUGAACAAUGAAUGGAUGCAAGGGGUGCCAUACCCCACCCCUCUGGAACCUUUCCAGCUGGAUCCUAAACAUUUGUCAGAAACCAGCACCCUCAAAGAAGAAGAAAAUGAGGUCAAAAGCACUUUAGAACAUUUGGGUAUUACGGAAGAGCAUAUUCGAAAUAACCAAGGGAGAGAUGCCCGAAGCUCCAUCACUGGGGUUUAUCGAAUCAUUUUACAUCGAGUCCAAAGGAGAAAGGCUUUGGAAAGUAUCCCGAUAAUGAUACUACCAGACCCCAAAGGAAGGGACCUAAAGAAAGGGUCCCGUGUCUACAGAAGCUUAAGACACACAUCCAAAUUUUGUUCAAUUUUAUAAAUUGCACUAGACUGUUGGUAAUUAACCAAGAUCAUUGUUGCUGCUUUUAAAUUUUUCACACACAACUUGGUGGAGACAUUUUUGUAAUUUUUAAAUAAAUUUAAAUUUAAAGUAUGAAUUUCCCUCCUCACCCCGCAAAAAGCCUAUUAGCUCAGAUUCUGACUUGAUUUGCGAUCUUCUCUUGUUCUCAAACUCUAGCAUUCAUUCAUUUAAUCAAUAAAUGGUUAUUCAGGGGCGGCUGGUAAG